GGGCCUGAGGCCCGGGGACGCACGCGCAGCCCCGCGCCCUUAGCCGUGCCCUCCGAGCCCGGCGGUGCCCGGGGUGUCCGGCGGAGAGGCGCGGAGCGCAGCGCAGCCAUGGCGGGGGCGCUGAGGAGGACCACGGGGCUGGUAGGAUUGGCUGUAGCUGAUAACCCUCAUGAGCGACUGCGGAUACUGUACACAAAGAUCCUUGGUGUCCUGGAAAACAUUCCCAAAGAUGCAGCAUAUAGGAAAUACACUGAGCAGAUUGUAAAUCAGCGGUUUAAUUUGGUGAAAAAUGAGACUGAUGUGCAAAAACUAGAGGACAAACUGAAUGGUGGUCGCAUAGAAGAAGUCAUUGUACAGGCUGAAAAUGAGCUUUCCCUGGCAAGAAAAAUGAUACAGUGGAAACCAUGGGAGCAUCUGGUUGAAGAACCUCCAUCUGACCAGUGGAGAUGGCCAGUAUAAUUUUGAAAAUGGUGUCACCUCUGGAAAAUAAAAAUUAAAAAAAUAGAAUUAUUAAUCUAUUGUUACUAGUUGUGUUUAAAUUAAAGAUUAUAACUUC